CUGACUCGGCUCACUCCGACUCGCUGAGCCGAUGGGGUCGGAUAGGCGCGGAAGGGGCUUCUAAAGCCCGGUGCCGGCAGCUGCUCGUUCAUUUGCUAAGGAUCCAAAACAACAGUCAAGAAAAGCCUGAUCGCCUACAAAUGAAGCGGGCAAGCCAAAAGCGGAAGCUCACGAUGCAGUUUCCGCCCCCCGUUGCGUGCUGGGGCGGAAGCGCGCGCGGGGCGGCGGAUUUAGACGCGAUCACGUGAAUGCUGGCCGGAGCGUGCGUGCCUCCUCCGGCGCAUGCGCUGUGGUCGACGGCGACGACGGCCAUCAUGUCGGUGUCUAGCGCGGCGGCUGCGGGAGGUGGAAGACGCUGGUAUUUCACCCGAGAGCAGCUCGCUCGGAGUCCUUCCUGGCGCUUAGGACUCGACCCGGACAAGGAGUUAUCGUACCGGCAGCAAGCAGCUAACCUGCUUCAGGAUAUGGGCCAGCGCCUCAACGUUUCUCAACUGACUAUUAAUACAGCAAUUGUUUAUAUGCAUCGAUUCUACAUGGUUCAAUCCUUUACCCACUUUCAUCGAAAUGCUGUGGCACCAGCUGCCCUUUUCCUGGCAGCCAAGGUGGAGGAGCAACCUCGAAAAUUGGAGCAUGUCAUCAAGGUUACUCAUGCCUGCCUGCACCCUCUGGAAGCUGCUCCUGAUACACGGAGUGAGGGUUACCUGCAACAAGCCCAAGACCUGGUCAUUCUAGAGAGCAUAAUACUGCAGACCCUGGGAUUUGAAAUUACCAUAGAUCAUCCUCAUACUCAUGUGGUGAAGUGCACACAGCUAGUUCGAGCCAGCAAGGAUCUAGCACAAACUUCCUACUUCAUGGCAACCAACAGCCUUCACCUAACAACCUUCAGCCUGCAGUACACCCCUCCCGUUGUGGCCUGCGUCUGCAUCCACUUGGCCUGUAAGUGGUCCAACUGGGAGAUCCCAGUCUCCACGGACGGGAAGCACUGGUGGGAGUACGUUGAUGCCACUGUAACUCUGGAACUCUUGGAUGAAUUAACUCAUGAAUUCCUUCAAAUCCUUGAGAAAACUCCUAAUCGACUGAAACGAAUCAGGAAUUGGCGGGCCUGUCAAGCAGCCCAGAGGAAAUCGAAGACGGAUGACCAAAGUGAGGAUGAUGGUCUCUCAGAACAGACAAUCCUCAGCAUGAUCUCUAGAAGCGCAUCAGACACGACUAUUGCAGGCCUGAUGAGCAUGUCAACGUCUUCAACCACCGGAGCCACUGCUUCACUUCCAGCUACAGGAGGAGAGUCUCCAGGGGAACGAGGUAGUACAGAUAUUUCAUCAGACAGCUGGAUGGCUCAACACCCUCCGCAUAAACAAGAGGUCAGCCAUAGAGCUAAUGAAAUUUCUGCCAAUCCUGAUCAUCUACAUCAUGAUAACAGUAGUGGCGGUUCUUUUGUUAAGCAAAACAUCAAGAGUGCACCACUAGCAAAAGUAUCAUUAAAGGAAUACCGUGCAAAACAUGCUGAGGAGUUGGCUGCGCAGAAACGGCAGCUAGAGAACAUGGAGGCAAAUGUGCGUUCUCAAUAUGCUUAUGCUGCCCAGAACUUGCUUGUGCAACAGCAACGUGAACGGGAUGUGCAGCAGGAGGAGAAUUCUCCAAUUGUCCUGAAAAUCCCUCUAGGCAACAAUUCUGAUGGUUCCGAACGGCCUCCUACUGAAAAAGCUGAUAAACCCUCAUCUGCACUUAAAGUACGGUUGCCUGCCUCAGGAGACAAGCCUAUUGCUUCUUCCAAACAAGAUGAUAUAAAAGUGCGCAUUAAGGUGCCACCUCCCACGGAACGACACAACCUGUCUGAUGAAAACAAUGGCAAGAGCAGAGGAGAGCACAAGGAAAAGCAUAAGAUCCAUUCUUCUAACCACCAUCACCAUCAUAACCAUCAUUCUCACAAACAUUCACAUGGGCAACCUGUUGUCAACACCAAACGUCCAGGGGAUCCCAAGCAUGUUAACCCAACUGGCAUUGUGUCACACAAGGGUUAUGUCCCAAAUUGUUCCUCCCGUAAGAGACCACUUUCUGAGGAGACCUCAGUUACAGUCCAUGAACAUCAGCCCAAAAUCAGUAAAAGUUCCAAGGGGCCCACUGUGCCAUUCCCGUUUUCUCAGCAUUCUGGCCACAGCUUGGAAGCAGCUGGUCUAUCUUUCCCGCAGGCUAACAAAACCAGAGGGGCUCAUGGAAAAUUGGACAAGAGCACUGCUGGGGCCAAUGGACAUAACAUGAACCAGUCCAUUGACUAUCAGGAUACAGUGAACAUGCUGCACUCCCUGCUCAGCGCACAAGGCAUGCAACCCACCCAAUCGUCCAAUUUUGACUUUGUGCAUCAUUAUGGUGAAUACUUGAACCCCAGGGCUGCUGCAAGUAUUGAUAAACCACGACCACCCCCACUCCCAUCAGAACCUCCCCCUCCUUUACCACCACUCCCAAAAUGAUAAUUUUAACUACUGAGGUUCUACAAAAAAAUAAUAAUUGCUCAUAGUAAUCUCCACUGCCUUGUGUGAAUGCCCUGUCCCCUUUUUAAAAGAAAACAUUUUUUAUUAUUAGUAGGAGAACAUAGAGUUCUUGAAACUGUGAAAAGAUACGCUCGUCUUUCUCCGGGUGCAUCCCCACCCACCCGCACCCUUUCAGUUCUUCUGGAUGGUGAAAAUUUUUCCUAUAAGACCAGCUGCCAACUUCAGAGGUGAGGGUGGGCCUUGAACGUUAUCAACCCGAUAGGAAAUGGCGCAGGACUAUUUAAAUUGACGGUCUUUUCUCCUUUUCUUAAAAAAAAAGAGGACUUUUAAAAAUAAUUUAAAAUAAGUUAUGUGUUUAGUGUUGAUUUUAUUUUUCUAAUGUGGAUAAAGGAAGGAGUUAUAGCAGACAUGGAAACUGAGAAGGGUGCACGAGUUCUGUCUACUUGCAGUUGUUAAUGUGUCCUGUCCCAGUGGAAGUUGCCUCCGCCUGAAUAAAGGCAGCGAAGGUUGAAAAGGAAGAAAAGGGAGAAGGGUGUGAGAGACACAUGUACUGAAUAUAAGUAAAGUAGAAAAUGGAAGUGGUGAAGCAGAGUUUUUCCGGUUUCUCCUUACUUAGAUCUAUUAUUCUUCAUCAGUAAGUAAAUGGAGACAGAUACAAACCUGAAGUUCCAAAGAAUGGUGGAAUCAGAAAUGUUAGUUAAGUUGCUAACUUUUUUAGUGCUUCCUGCUGAUCAAGGAUAAUUUAGGAGUGAGGUUUUAUAAGUUCAUUUCCUUCUUGAUCACACUGCUUCUUUAGGGGUGCCGUUACUAUGUUUACCAUUUCAGUCUUUGUCUCAGUCUUUGUCUCACUGGAAGACAAAUGGCUAACAUGACUUAACCAUUAAAAAAUCUCAUGGGACUGUAUUUCAGUGGGCAGCACUGCAUGCUAGUGGCAUGAACUCUUGAGAGUGCCUUCAAAAAAAAUGCAUUAGUAUAGUUUGGGAAAAUGUGUGUUUCAGCAGAGGAGGAAGAACUAGAAGAGGCCGACAGCCUAGGGACAUUAGAGCAGUAAUCGUGACUCUGGGAUGCUUUAUAUGAUACCUUAAAUACAUUAUGGAAUAUGAGAUUUUCACAUUUUGUCCAAAAGAGAAAAAAGAUAAGGAUGACCACAAACGAAUCAGGCAAAUUUGGUGAACAGAGCAAAGAUUGCGAGCCUGUGGCCUUCCAAACGUUAAGUUGUAUUUUCCAGUAUCCCUUGCAGUUUUUCAUGAUAGAAAGGGCUCCUGGAAAGUACAGCUUGCCAAUAUCUAAAAGGUCUAAUUUUUCUGUCUCUAAGAGGGAAGAAAAUAGAAUAAAAAUAGGAUGAAGACCUAUGAAUAUAAUACAAAACUAGCCAGUUUGAAGGUGCCCUGAAUUGGUUUGAAUGUUGAUGUAGUAUUCUGAACUUGUAGCAUACUGCUAAUGGUAUGCUAAAAAUUGGACUAGCAUUUAAAACAUGGACAUAUAUUAUGUUUCUGUAGAUCACAUAAGAAUAUUUUAAUUCUACGAAAUUGGCCUUAGUUUGUAAUCCAGCAUUUGGACAACGUAUUUGGAGUGAGUGGUCUUCAACUUCAACUUUAUUUUUUGUCUUUUAAUAUAGACCCAUUGUUCCACAAGUGAUUUCAGGGUAUUCCUACUGUUGUGAAGUGAAUUCCAAAUUGAAAUAUGAGGGACUGUGACCUAAAAAGGGUUUAUUAUCCAAAAUGGAUUACCCCAGUAUAUAUCAAUAGAGGCCCAAUCCAGUAUGUUCAGUAGUGACUACGAGUUGUGGCCUCUGUAAUGUCAUGUGAGUGAAGUUAAUUGCUGAUUUCAGAUGAUGCAUCAUGUUUAAAAUAAGACACUCAUCUGCUUGUUUUUGCCGAAGUAUUUUCUCUGAAUUUGGAAUAAUUAUUUUCCCACCACUUUUGGAUUUUUGAACCAAUGGUGUCUCAGCUAUUGAUGCAAACUUUGGCCUAGUUUUGUGUAAUGUUUCAGAAACUGUUUCUAAUUCCUGGCUCAUUUUAUUACUAUUCCACGUUUCAAUAAAUGUACUGUCUCCGCAUUUAAUUUGUUCCUUGUGAAAUUUCUUGCUAAUAUUUGAAUUUAUCAGGAAAAGUCUCUACAAAAGUAUUUGGGACAGUAACAGCAGCAUUCUGAAUCUAUAAAUCUUCCUUGUUUAUUUCCUAGUUCUUUAUUUACACUGAGAUGUAAAAGCAAGCAAUAGCAAUUACAAUUUAAAAACAAAUCACAAUGGAUUUGAACAAAAGAUAGCAAAGAAGUAGGAAAGGAAAAAUAACUUUAUGGCAUGAUAAAAAAACAGACCACAUUUAGUAGACUCUCAGAUGUUCAUAUUUUCAGGUUUUGGAUCAUAAUUUGUCAGUUAAAAACUGCAGGUUACUAUCUUGCUGUUAACAAUAGUAAUCCUUCAUUUACUAUGUUUACUAGAAGUUCCUGGGUUACCCAUGGAAAUGAAUGUGACUGUUAUAUAAGAGUAAUGUAUGCUGAAUUGUCUAAAUCAUUUCUUGGUCCUUAUGUUUAAAAAGAAAUUAUUGUUUUGAUCAGCUGACAUUUUCUAGGCUUGCUUGAAAUGUUCAGUAAUCCAUGUUUUGUAUAUUGUACGGAUACACACCUGCAUGUAUCAAUUUUCAGUAUUUAUUAAUAGAGUAUGCACAUUUAUAACGGAUUUGUAAAACCAUAGUUAUGUGUAUGCAGAAAGAAAGGGUCGGGAGCUUUCUCAGUCACACUAAUAAUAAGAGGAAAAAGCAGAUUUUGAGGAGAACUUCUUUCUGCAUUUGCAAUUAAGCAACUGUUAAGAUUGAGUCUGUUUAAUCCUAAAAUAAAAUGCAGAGUCCAUGUAAUUCAUACUGGACUGCAAGGAAAGUCCCUAGUCUGUUUUGAUCUGCAUUCUUAGAAUUCCCAUGUUGCUUAUGUUGGCUGGCCGUUUUGAAAAUUGCAUUGUUUUUUUUAAAGGGACUUGACUGGACAAUGACUUUUACAAAGCAGUUAUGUUCCUCUCUAUCUAGCUUGAAUUGUCAGCAGACAAUGCCUUUAAAACAUCCUGUACAUCCUGUUAAACUUCAGGGUUUAGUGACUUCCUGAUGCUUCAUUGACAUCUUCAAGGCAAAAUGCUGCACAGACUGUAGACAACUGAACAAGGAGUGACUCGGCUCCUGGCUUUAUAACCAAGUGUUUUGACUUGUCAUUGCUUGCAUAGCAAUGACACUUUGCCUCUGAAGAUGAUAGCCACAGUUGCUGGUGAAAUGUUAGGAAAUCUUUUCACCUAUAUUACGGUCACUAAAACCUGAAGCCCAACAGAUACCAGCCAGGAAAUCCUGCAGCCAAUAUACUAUACAUUAACUUCAAAAGUUAAUGGUAUAGCUUGGAUUUCAAGGUAAUUGAAUUUAUUCUGCUUAUCAUUUUCUGGUGUUCUUUGCUGUCUCCUACCUGAGUUGCAAAACACGUGGCUGUAAUUCAUUGUUUUCAUAAACCUUUCUGAACUGUG